AUGUGCAAAGCUCCUAGCUUAACGAUCUUGCUCUUCCUCUUGAUAGCCUCAAAUGUACACUCCGCUAGACUUCUCGAUGAGGUCGAUCAAACUCAGCCACAGCUAGUCCCCGGCACCCAAAUCCCCACCAUACCGGAAGAAGACGAUGACAAUCCACCAACCGUAACAACAACACAACCUCCAUUACCAAUUCCCCUACCAGGACCAGCCACGGGCGGACACGAACCAGUCCUACAGUUCUUUAUGCACGACGUGUUAGGCGGGUCACAUCCGUCGGCACGUGUGGUCACUGGGAUAGUAGCACAAACGGAAGUGAACGGAAUACCAUUCUCUAAAUCAAACAACAACAUCUUCCCAGUAGAUAACGCUGUACCGCUUGUGAACGCAAACAACAUCAACAAUAUAAUAAACCCAAACACGGCUCCACUCCUCACAGGACUCAGUGGCUCUCAAGCCAACACCGUCAUCCAAAACACUAACGGUAACUCCCAAGGAUCACUCAGCUCCAACAACCUCCCUUUCGUAACCGCCGGUCAACUUCCUCCUGCAGCUGCACUCCAGCAGCUCAUGUUUGGCACCAUCACCGUGGUCGAUGAUGAGCUCACCGAGGGGCAUGAGCUGGGAUCUGCGGUUAUUGGCAGAGCACAAGGGUUUUAUCUAGCUAGCUCUUUGGACGGAACUAGCCAGACACUUUCCUUGACCGUGUUGUUCCACGGAGAGCAUGAUGAUCAUGACACACUCGACGAUGCCAUCAGCUUCUUUGGCGUCCACCGAACCGCUUCUCACGCCUCGAAUAUCGCUGUUGUGGGUGGGACCGGGAAGUUCGAGCAUGCUAAAGGGUACGCUGUGGUGGAGACUCUGCACAACCAGGAGAACCAACAUGUCACUGAUGGUCGUGAUACCAUUCUCCAUUUCAGCAUUUAUCUUACAUACUACAAAGCUUGA